AGUGACGCACCGGAAACGGCCCGGCUCCCACGGGGGCGGGGGACGGAGAUGGCGGCGCCCAGCAGCCGGUGAGGAGAGAGGACACGGGGAUCCCUGGGAGCGGCCGGACUCGCGCGUUAUGGCCGCGUCCCCGCACACUCUUUCCUCACGCCUCCUGACAGGAUGUGCCUGGUAUCUAGAGAGAAGAGCUGUGCAGGAGGCCCCUCACACGUUCAUGCAUCUUUUCAGGAGCAUCAACAGGCGGUGGAUUACAUUUCAGCACUUUACCUUCCUCAAGCGCAUGUAUGUCACACAACUGAACAGAAGCCUCAACCAGCAAGUGAAACGGAAGCCAGAACCUGUGGCAUUGCCUUUCCUUGAGAAAACGUCUUUGGGUCAGGCCAAAGCAGAAAUCUGUGAAAUGAGACCUCUUCCACCUCCCAGCCUACCUUUAUCCAGAAAGCCAAAUGAGAAAGAAUUGCUAGAACUGGAAUCAGCUUCCAUUAUUGAAGGCUCACUAGAUGCGGGGAAAGAGACAAAGGAUGAAAAGCACUGGAAAGAGAUGAAGUUGCAUCUGGAUGAUUUGCCAGGAAUUUUGGCACGGCUGUCCAAAAUCAAACUCACAGCUCUGGUUGUCAGCACCACUUCAGCUGGAUUUGCAUUGGCCCCAGGACCUUUUGACUGGCCCUGUUUCCUGCUUACUUCCCUGGGAACAGGCCUUGCAUCCUGUGCUGCCAACUCCAUCAAUCAGUUUUUUGAGGUGCCAUUUGAUUCAAACAUGAAUAGAACAAAGAACAGACCUCUGGUUCGUGGACAGAUCAGCCCGUUGCUAGCUGUGUCUUUUGCCACUUGCUGUGCUGUUCCAGGAGUUGCCCUCCUGACCUGGGGGGUGAACCCCCUCACGGGAGCCCUGGGGGUCUUCAACAUUUUCCUGUACACCUGUUGCUACACCCCGUUGAAGAGGAUCAGCAUUGCCAACACUUGGGUGGGUGCCGUUGUAGGGGCCGUCCCACCUGUCAUGGGCUGGACAGCGGCCACCGGCAGCCUUGAUGCUGGAGCAUUUCUGCUGGGAGGGAUCCUCUACUCGUGGCAGUUCCCGCAUUUCAACGCCCUGAGCUGGGGCCUCCGCGAAGACUACUCGCGAGGCGGCUACUGCAUGAUGUCGGUCACCCACCCGGCGCUGUGCAGGCGCGUCGCCCUACGCCACUGCCUGGCCUUGAUCGGACUGUCCACCGCGGCCCCCGUCCUGGAUGUCACCACGUGGACCUUCCCUGUCAUCUCCCUGCCCAUCAACUUGUAUAUCACCUACCUCGGCUUUCGGUUUUACACCGACGCAGACCGCAAGAGCUCCCGGAAGCUGUUCUUCUGCAGCCUGUGGCACCUGCCCUUGCUCCUGCUGCUCAUGCUCACCUGCAAGCGGCCGCCAGGUGCCCGCGGGGCCGGGGCAGAGCCCCAGAGCUGAAAUCACCUGGGUGUGUGGGGAAAAAAACAAAAACAAAAGUACAAGGAGACACACAGGGUUUGUUGUUUUCUUCUGUUUGCGGUGAGACAGGAACAUUUUGGUGAUUCCAGAGCUCGGAAAGGGAAAUUGCUGGGUUUAGUACACGAUCAUGAGAUGAUUUGGUGCUCAGUGAUCACCCGAUGAUUUUUUUUUAAAUGAUAACGUCCAAAAUGCUCCCCAAAUAAGAAAUAGGUUGGCUCAGGUGAUUAAUGCAAAGAGAAUAUUUUUCUCUUUAAAGGUCUUUAUAUUUCUUCCUCUGUCCUUCUGCCGACACUCCCGUUUUUGUUCUUCCUCCUGUAGAUGUGCAAAUGCACCUCUUCCUUGUCUGGCCACACACACACACACACGCACACACAUGCACACACGCACACACACACUCCCCACCUGCCAGCCAGAGUGCUCACUGGUGACCAGACAUGUGCGCGCUGGAGCUCUCUGUCUGUAGUCCUGCGUCCUCAGGUCCCAGGAGGGCCACGGCGGAGGAAAUGCUCACUGCCGGCCCUUCCUGUGAAUGAGCCGGGGCUGGUUCCAGCUUUCUCACAUAUAUUCUCAACCACAUAUUCCCCCAAACAAUCCUAGACUCCCAAGGAUGUGCUACUGCCCAAUUUUCAAAGGAAGAAUGCCAAACGGUUGCCUAGGGAAUCUCGGACGGUCGGCUGGGGGACUUCCAGCCCCUGGACCACCCCUGUUAUGUUAUCACCAUUUCCAAAACUCCAAGCAGUCAAAGGCAUCUUUAUAGUUCACUUUAAAAUGCAGGAGGUAUCUAGAGCAGUUCCUUUUGGAAGGGUGGCGCUAGUCUUCAUGCCUGUAGUCCAUCUGGCUCUGACCCGUUACUGUCCCCACUUUGACCACUGCUGCCAGUCCAUCGACAGCCCCUUUGCUGCACAGCUUCUCAAGGCCGACCGAGAAGGGAAAUCAGAGAAAAGGUGAGCUGGUCCCGCCAGCCACAGAGCUCAUAUCCUUGUCCCUUUAGUGAAAAACACGUUUCUUCCCUUGAAUUCAGAAAUUAGCCUCCAUACGUCCAAUGGCCAGAUGUAAGAGCCAGAAGCUUGGCUUGGACUCCUGGUGGGGAUACGUCCCGUCCCGGGAGUUGUGCUAGUUAACCUGUAGUACCUUCCAUCCGUCCUCCACGUAUGUCACUUGUCUGCCGUGGAACCCCACGUACCAGAAGGUCUUGAUGCUCAGCAGGACGUUUGCAGUACUCCUUGUCCAGGGGCACCACUGCCCUGCAGGAAUGCGUUUCGGGGAGUUGACGCAACAUGCAGACGGUUGCUGCGAUUGAAUAUUUGUAAAGCGGUCGCAGAUAACAUCCAACUCCUGUUUCUACUUACCUGCAAUAUUACCUCUUGGCUGCAUCCGGGUUCUUUACUGUGGGGAACAUGGCAGGAAUGCCUGCAAAGGACGUCUACACCUUGUUGCAGCCCUCGAAUGUGUAAAAUGCCUCCAUUCUCUUUUCCUGCCACAAUAAACCGGUAAGAACAGAA